AUGAGCGCCGUUUUUCUUUCCUUCUCCGUGUCAGCCGGCUCGUCUUACCGCGUCCGUCCCGAGUCGUCUGCCGUGCUGCAGGGCGGAGACGCGAGGCUGGACUGUGCGUACAGCAGCCUGGGGAGCGGGGACACCGUCAUCUGGCAGGGUCCGCCCGGGGACAAGGUCAUCUCGCACGGCCGGACCGUGAUGAAGUCCUUCCCCCGGCACAGCGUCACGGGGGACCCCGCCGCCGGGGAGUUCAACCUCGAGAUCCGCCAGGCCAGGCCGGAGGACGGCGGGAAAUACAGCUGCUACACGGACCCUGCAACCGCAGCAGAGGACGCAACACUCACUGUCAUCGUACCGAUGCCGGGACCGCCGACCAUCACUGGCGGGGAGCUGGUAAGCACAGCAGGCGGCCCGCUGUCCCUCACCUGCCGGGCUUCAGGUGGACAUCCGGCCCCGCGGCUCACCUGGCUCAACGGAACACAUCCCUUCAGAGAUGCCGCUGGUAGCCAUGGUAACGAGAGAACCCUGGAGCUGUUCGUCCCGCGGCUGACGAGAUGGGAUCACGGCGCCAACUUCACCUGCCUGGCCGACCAGGGCUUCCCCGACCUCGCCAGGACGAGGGCCACGUCUCGGAUCUUAAGAGUCAAAUACCCCCCGGUUGUGUCAGUGCCCAGUCCGUCCGUCCACGUGAGAGAGGGUGAGCCGGCCAGUCUCAGCUGUAUGGUGGACAGUAACCCCAGGGCGACUGUCACAUGGCGGAGAGUCGGAGGCAGUCUUCCUGUGCUGGCUGUGCCGAGAGAUCACCUGCUGCACCUCCCGAAGGUGUCUAGUCAGGACGGCGGACUUUACCAUUGUGUGGCCGACAAUAAGGUGCCACCUGCUGGACAGGGCACUGUUACUUUGCAGGUUUAUUACCCCCCUGUGAUAGAGAGUACAUUAGAAGACGAGGUGACGAUGUUGUUCGGUCAGGAUGACCUGUCCAUAGAGUGUUUCGCUGCCGGGAACCCCACACCUCACGUCCGCUGGCGACGGAAGGACACAAGUCUGUACUGGGACAACCCUCUCCGCUUCCACCGGGUGCGUUACGACGUGCAGGGCACGUAUCAGUGCGUGGCUGCCAGCGACGGCUUCCAGGAGGUCACCAAGGACGUUUUCGUCGACGUCGUGGGGCGACCGUCUAUUAAAGCUGGUCUCGCAACGCUCACAGUAGCUGCAGGAAGUAACGCGAGACUUUACUGCGAGAUUCUCGGGGACCCUCUCCCCGUCACCGUCACCUGGAUCUGGCAGACCAAGGAAGGGACUGAAAGCGUCGUCAUGGCAACGGACGUCGGUGUCGUCAUCACCGAAGAGCUGACGGGUGUUGGGAUAGCCAGCUCCCUUGUCGUGGAGGAUGUCGGGAUAUCUGAAGAAGGGACGUACAUCUGUCAGACGUCCAACAUGUUCGGGGACGCUCGGCGGGAGAUCCGACUGGAGGUCACAGACUCCACUGACUCCAUUGUCGUCAUCUCGGUUUCCAUGGCGACGCUAGUCCUUGGGAUUGUGGGUGCGAUUGUCGUCUGCGUGGCUGUGAAGAAGCAGUGGUUGUGUCGGGAGCAGAGACCAGACACGUCUACAUUGUCCUCCUCCCGCUCGAUGCCUCCUGUGCCGAAGCCCGGGAAGAGACUGGGCCACGGUACGAACGACUCCGGUGUGGAGGACCUGGAACUGCAGGAGUUGGACGGGACCAUAAAGCCACGCCCGCCGCCUCGGGCUGGCAAGGAGUGGACUUCCGUGGGACUCUCCUACACAGGUUUGGCGCACGCGCACUCCAACGCGCUGCCGCCCUACUCAACAGUGGAACGUCAUAAACCAGAUGGGGUGGACAUCCGGUCACGUGGGGAGGACAUCCGGUCAGGUGAGGGCAUACCGGAACAAGCCAUCCUGGAUGACGUUAUCAUGGAGGACAGAGACUACAUGUCGGAUGAUCCUCCUGCGCCUCCUCCAAAGGACAAGAAAGGGAGAUGGACGAGACGGGCGCCCUCUGGCGACAUGGCCGUGCCCAGCAGCCUGCAUGAGACAGAGAACGCGCUGAAUGAGAUUCAGGCGGACAGCAUUUAAACAGUGCAGCAAAGGUUUCCCAACGGAGAAAUCAUCCUGUAGGAGGGUGCAACAUGUCGCCCGAUUGUCGCGUAAUCAGCUCCUACAAUUAAGGGAGUUUUAGAUAUAAACAAACGUUUUAGAUACAUUGUACUAACAAGUUGUUAAAAACAAGCAUCAUCAUAAAAUUAUAUAUGUCCGAACCAAGAGCAUUAGCCUGGGUACCAUCCUACUUGUAUGCCGGAAGCGAGUUAGGGAAGCGAGUGUGGGAGCCCCGGCAUACAAGUAGGAUGGUAUUAGGCAAGUGUAAAGAUAUGCGUAUGUAGCCCCUGUCUGGCUAAACAUUGUCUGAAGACUAUUUAUUCCCUACAAGCUCAGGAAAUAGAAGUGGUACAGGGAUGUGUAAAAAUCUGAUGGUUUGAAACAUUUGGUUCAUAGAUUCUUGUCGGCUCUCACCUGUGGUGUAAAAUCUUGUGUGAUGUAGUCAUAACUCAUGUAAGUGCAUUUUGUUGUUACAAU